AUGGCAUCUGGUUUCAUCGAUCACCCUCUAGCGCGACGCGCCGAUGAGGUUGUGGUCCAGACAUUUCGACAUUUCGUACCCCACCCAGAAGAUCGAAUGCCUAUCACUCGCAAGAGCUGGGUCAGUUCGGUCAUCCUACUCUGGAUCCUCGGGUGCCUCGCACGAAGGCCAAACACUUAUUGGAUAAGAUUGGCUUUCUUUCCGGUUGUUUUCCUUUCAUGCGUGCAUGUUGGCUUUGCGCAUAGAAAACGACUUCCAGGAACGGACGAGAGCGAUUACGCUUGGGGUCACAUUUGGCUUACCUGUGCCUUCCGAGCCAUUGACUUGGGUUUAUACAAGCGCAAGGGUGAACUCAGAAUAGGCGAAGUUGAGCCUGGAAAGCUCAAGACGUCCGCCAAUGGCCAUAAAUCUAACGGUAUCCACCCUUCUGCGAAUGGAAACGGUCACAGCAAGGUUCAUGCUGAACAAACCAAUUCAAAUCCGUCGCUUUGGAGAACACUGUUGGAAGGAUUAGCGGUAAUUCUCAACCAGCGUGGUAUUGGAUGGGAAGAUGGAAAGGACAUUUAUUUGAAGCCAGAGUCCCGAGACACCGGGCGCAGGUGGAAAUGGUUGCUCCAAACGUCAUGGAAAUCCGUCCAGUGUUUCCUCUUUCUCGAUUUUUUGGACUCUACCUUCAAACUUCUCCCUGGCUUCGACAAGCCACGGGGUGCUACCAUCUUCGCUUUCGGAAGAAAUCCAAUUGAGAAGUAUUUCAUCUCUUGUGUCCUUUCCUUCAUGACAGGGCUCAGUAUCAUUAGGCUGUUCGGCCUCUUGUAUCACAUUUGUUCAUUGGUGGGCGUUGGACUCUUAUUCCACCCCCCAGCCUCCUGGCCACCUCUUUUUGAUAACCCUUGUUCAAGGACAUCCAUGCACGAUUUCUGGUCCAGGGGAUGGCAUCAAUUCCUUCGUAGAGCCGUCCUUGUCUUGGGUCGCCCUCUCGAGUCUCUCUUCGGUUUCCCUGGUUUAGUGAUCGGUUCGUUUAUUACUUCAGGAUUCUACCAUUCCUGGGGGUUGUACACGGCUGCAGGGGGGCCAGAUUAUCAAAACUUGAUAUACUUUACAGUGCAGCCUUUGGCAUUUUUGUUCGAGCGAUUGUACAGGCGCAUCACCGGCCGAAGGUUAGGCGGGUUUCUUGGAGGGGUUUGGGUGUAUCUCUGGAUUGUGGUCGGAGCACAAUGGUGCAUUAAUGCUUGGCACGCUCGUGGGUACCUGAAGGGGAUAUUGAUACCGCCGCGCCUCAGUCCUACCCAACGAAUCCUGUUCCCCGCUUUGACACCACUAGCGCCGUAUCUUCGGCCAUUUUUCUACGUCGAUUCAGCCUGA